AUGUUUGUGCCCAUCAGGGCCUCCAAUGGCUCUAGCCCCCAGGUCACCGAGUUCAUCCUAAUGGGUUUCCCGGGCAUUCACAGCUGGCAGCAUUGGCUCUCCCUCCCACUGGCCCUUCUCUAUCUCUCAGCCCUUUUGGCUAAUGCCAUGAUCCUGCUCAUUAUCUGGCAGAAAACGGUUCUGCAUCAUCCUAUGUUCUAUUUCCUGGCUGUCCUGGCCCUGGUGGACAUGGGUCUGAGCACCACCAUCAUGCCUAGGAUCCUGGCCAUGCUUUGGUUCAAUGCCCGCACCAUCAGCCUCCAAGAAUGCUUCUUUCAGAUUUAUGCUAUUCACGUCUUCGUGGGACUGGAGUCCGGCAUCUUCCUUUGCAUGGCAAUUGACAGGUAUGUGGCCAUCUGUCACCCCCUCCGCUACCCCUCUGUCAUCACAGAAGGCUUUGUCCUCAAGGCCACCUUGUUCAUGGUGUUCAGAAAUGUCCUCCUAGCCAUUCCAUUGCCCAUCCUGGCCACAAAGCGUCAUUACUGCUCCAAGAACGAGAUUGGCCACUGUCUGUGCUCCAACCUGGCUGUCACCAGCCUUGCAUGUGAUGACUGGAAGAUCAACAGCAUUUUCCAGCUGUCUGUAGCUUGGGUCUUAAUGGGCAGUGAUGUGGGUCUCAUCAUUUUCUCCUACACUCUGAUCCUGAGGGCGGUACUGAAGUUACACUCCGCCGAGGCCGCCUCCAAAGCCCUGAGCACUUGCAGCUCCCACAUCAUCCUCAUCCUCUUCUUCUAUACAGCGAUCGUGGUCAUGUCCAUUACUCACAGUGCAAAUAAGGAAGUGCCCCUCAUUCCCGUCCUCCUCAAUGUUCUGCACAAUGUCAUCCCCCCGGCUCUCAACCCCAUAGUGUAUGCCCUGAGGACUCAGGAGAUUAAAGUAGGGAUCCUCAAGCUGAUCAGGCUGGCAGGGGAGAGGUGA